UUCUUUCUACUCUUAGGAGUCCGUUUUGUCUUAUAUCCUUAAACCAACCUUACCCCACAAUCCUCCUCUCUCUCUCUCCUCUUUCCCUCUCUUCUUUCCUCCAUUUUUGGCUCCUUAAAACAACCAUUUCAUCACCUGAAUCCAACCCUCUUAUUGCCAUGGGAUUGGACAUGUCUAACAACCCACCCACAUCUCGUACCAAAGACUUCUUCGCUUCUCCUGCUCUUUCUCUUAGUCUCGCUGGCAUAUUUCGUGAUGCGGAUGCCACCGCAGCUGCUAAUACAGACCAGGUAGAGGAAGGAGAUGAAGGAAGUGGAGGCGGAGGAUCUAGAAGAGAAGAGACGGUGGAGAUUAGUAGCGAAAACUCAGGCCCGGCGAGAUCAAGAUCAGACGACGAGUUUGACGGAGGCGAACCCGACGAAGAUGACGAUGGAGACAAGAACAAGAAGAAGAAAAGAAAAAAGUAUCAUCGUCACACUGCAGAACAAAUCAGAGAAAUGGAAGCGCUGUUCAAGGAGUCUCCACAUCCUGAUGAGAAGCAAAGGCAGCAACUGAGCAAACAAUUAGGCCUUGCUCCGAGACAAGUCAAGUUUUGGUUCCAAAAUCGUCGAACCCAGAUCAAAGCUAUACAAGAACGCCAUGAAAAUUCAUUGCUCAAAGGUGAAAUGGAGAAGCUCCGAGAGGAGAACAAAGCCAUGAGAGAAGCCAUUAACAAAGCUUGUUGCCCCAACUGCGGCACUCCCACCACUAGCAGGGACACUGCCGCGACCACUGAAGAGCAACACCUACGUAUAGAAAAUGCUAAACUUAAAGCCGAGAUCGAAAAAUUAAGAGCUGCUGUGGGGAAAUCUCCACCAGGGGGGACAUCAACAAGCUCGUGCUCGGCUGGAAAUGACCAAGAAAACAGGAGCUCUUUGGAUUUUUACACUGGAAUUUUUGGACUUGAUAAGUCAAGAAUUAUGGAGCUGGUUAAUCAAGGAAUAGAAGAGUUGAAAAAAAUGGCUUCGGCCAGUGAGCCACUUUGGAUUCGAAGUGUUGAGACUGGCCGUGAAAUCCUCAACUAUGAUGAGUAUAUCAAAGAGUUUUGUGUUGAAAAUCCGAGCGACGGCAAGCCGAAAAGAUCCAUUGAAGCCUCCAGAGAGACUGGCGUCGUUUUUGUUGAUCUUCCCAGGCUUGUGCAAAGUUUCAUGGAUGUGAAUCAGUGGAAGGCAAUGUUCCCAGGCUUAAUCUCAAAGGCAGCCACUGUUGAUGUCAUCUGCAAUGGUGAAGGUCCUAACAGAGAUGGCGCAGUGCAGUUGAUGUUUGCAGAGCUGCAAAUGCUUACACCAAUGGUGCCAACCAGAGAAGUUUAUUUUGUCAGAUUCUGCAAGCAAAUAAGUGCUGAACAGUGGGCAAUUGUUGAUGUCUCCGUUGACAAAGUUGAAGAAAACAUUGAUGCAUCUCUAGUUAAAUGCAGAAAACGACCAUCUGGUUGCAUCAUUGAAGAUAAAUCAAACGGCCACUGCAAGGUGAUAUGGGUGGAACAUCUAGAGUGCCAGAAAGCUCCACUUCACACCAUGUAUAGGACAAUUGUUAACAGUGGUUUAGCCUUUGGUGCAAGGCAUUGGAUGACAACCUUGAGGCUUCAGUGUGAAAGGCUUGUUUUCUUCAUGGCAACUAACGUCCCUACGAAGGAUUCAACUGGUGUGGCAACACUGGCUGGGAGGAAGAGCAUUUUGAAGUUGGCUCAGAGAAUGACUUGGAGUUUUUGUCGUGCCAUUGGAGCAUCGAGCUACCAUACUUGGAAAAAGGUCUCAGGCAAAGCAGGAGAAGACAUAAGGUUUUCUUCCAGGAAGAACUUGAAUGAUCCUGGAGAACCUCUUGGAGUGAUCUUGUGCGUGGUUUCUUCUGUUUGGUUGCCUGUCUCUCCUCAUCUUCUGUUCGAUUUCUUAAGAGAUGAAGCUCGUAGGAAUGAGUGGGAUAUCAUGUCAAGUGGAGGUCCUGCACAAGCCAUUGCAAACUUGGCCAAAGGGCAAGAUCGCGGCAAUGCAGUAACAAUACAGGCAAUGACAACAAAAGAGAACAGUUUGUGGGUACUCCAAGAUAGCUGCACAAAUGCAUAUGAAUCAAUGGUGGUUUAUGCUCCUGUGGACAUUACCGGUAUGCAGUCAGUCAUUACCGGAUGUGACUCCAGCAACAUUGCUGUAUUGCCUUCUGGAUUCUCUAUUCUUCCUGAUGGACUUGAGACAAGGCCUCUAGUGAUAACUUCAAGGCAAGAGGAGAAGAGCACAGAAGGAGGAUCUUUACUCACAAUAGCAUUCCAAAUCCAGACAAAUAGCUCUCCUACAGCCAAGCUAACAAUGGAGUCCGUGGAGUCUGCUAGCACACUUAUAUCAUGCACAUUGAGAAAUAUCAAGACAAGCUUGCAAUGUGAAGAUGCAUGAUCACCACAGCUAUAUAAACUAGGUAGACACAUAAAUUGUAAACCUCGUAGGCUUUCCUGAUUUUUUGAUCAACUUGUAGCAUUUUGCAGACUAUCUGUAUUAUCUUAGCCUGCUUUUCAUUUGCUAUUUGACUAGAAUGGAGGGUUUGAUGUUCAUGCUGAUUUUUAAUCAACAUAUCUGGAAGGGAAAGUUUGAGAGA